GCCCUGCAUCAGCUGCAUCCGAAGCUGCUCCCGGAACAACCAUGAAGAUCCUUUCGGCCACCCUCGUUUCCCUGGCGGCUGCCUCGCUCUCGAGCGCCAUCUGCGUGGGCAGCAACUACAAUGCCUGCGUCGGCAACUGCUACAACAGCUGCGGCUGGAUGGGCGCCAUGUCCUCGGCCACGAUCGUUGCCAACUGCAACAAGUGCAUCAGCCUCAGCUGCAGCACUUGCAGCGGCUCUCCUCCGCCGCCCCCUCCUCCUCCUCCUCCUCCGCCGCCGCCCCCGCCGCCGGCCGUCCAGUGCGUUGGCGGAUCCAUCAACGCUUGCCGCGGCAACUGCUACAACAGCUGCGGUUGGAUGGGUGCCAUGUCCUCUCCCACCAUCGUCGCCAACUGCAACAACUGCAUCAACACCAACUGCAACGGCUGCUGAGUAGCUGAGGCGACAGCACGCCAACGCAAUCGAAUGCCGAUGAUUCUAUGAAUGGCCCUAGGGACAGUCUUGUGGAUAGCCCAUGAAUAGUCGCAUGGAUAGCCCUAUGAAUAUCCAAUGAGCAACACAAUACAGCAGUUCCUCUGUCCGCCACA